UCUUUGACAUAACACGUAACCUCAAAGCUCAGUUGCUAAACCCAUAAAAAUGAGGUGAAAUGAUAAAAUUUGCUAUAAUGUUACUAAACACUGGGAAAGUCGGGUCGUUCACUUAAACGUGUUUUCCCUGCAUUUUCCCACUGAGUAAUGUAACAUGAAAUUCGCGUCAGCAGCUGUCUUAAUCCCCAGCCAAGCGUUUCUAGAGGGUCAAGUCGAUGUUACGUUGAAUCCGCGAAAAAUCGUGCAAUUAUUAACAGAUAGUGGACUUGAGGUGAAAAAAGUAACUGUGUUGGAGGAGGACGUUCAUCAGCUAGCCGGUGAGUUGCAGACAUUCACCCAGUUAUACGACAUAGUGAUUGUUGUGCUCAAUGGAGACACUCAAUGUGCGAGUCAAGCUCUAGCCAAUAUUACAUCACAAGAAGUGAGCAGAUUCACCGAUCAGCUAUGGCCAAAAGCAGUGAAGUUACUCAGGGCAGAGGCCGUUCCUCCAGUUAUCUACUUGCAGAGAAUUUUCAUCGUUACAGCCGCUGCAAUAGAUGACCAACUAAACCUGAUUUUAAAACGGCACAUUCAACAAUAUUCCAAGGAGCCCCUUUACUCAAAACAGUUCCAAGUAAUUGUGAACGGCAACAGAAAGCACAUUGAAGCCCUCAGCACUGAUCUGCUGAGCGUUUCCUUUGGAAGCCCCACUAAUGCAGACAAUGAGGGUUGCACCUCAAUAACUCUAAAGGCCAAAGACUUUGAAAGCGUCGUCAAAGGSGAGAUUUACCUCCGGAAUCUAUUGGGGCAAAAUAUGUUGGCUUCCAAGCUGCUGGAUGAUGGCACCGAUCUGAUCUAUCAGAGCGAGGAUGAACAYAUUAGACAGUCGAUUUUGGUAGUUGAGAGAUGCCUGGAGGAUUACGGAAUAGAUAACGUAUUUUUGAGCUUCAAUGGAGGCAAGGAUUGUACAGUUUUGCUGCAUCUGGUGCACACCGUACUGUGCAGAAAAUACCCGAAUGUGAAGGACCAAAAAAAGCUGUUCUGCUUGUAUGUGCGGAGCGAAAACACGUUUCAUGAACAGGAUGAGUUCAUUGAGCAGUGCCUGAUUUACUACAACUUGGAGAUCAUGAGUGUGACCGCUAAUAUAAAGGACGCAUUAAGGAUCACGAUCAGCAAAAAGCCCCAUCUGAAGGCCUGUUUUAUGGGAACUCGCAGAACUGAUCCGUUUUGCUCCCAUCUCAAUGCCUUUCAGAUGACUGAUUCAGACUGGCCGGAAAUAAUGCGCUGCAGCCCCUUCCUCGACUGGCACUACUCAGAUAUCUGGGAUUAUCUGCUCUACUAUAAGGUGCCUUAUUGCAAACUGUACGACUAUGGGUUCACAUCGCUGGGCAACACUACGAAUACCAUCCGUAAUCCGAGCUUGAUUUGUGCGGAAAGCGACAAAGACAUCUAUUUGCCUGCCUAUAAAAUGCUGAGGGAAAAAAAUGAAAGAAGCGGCCGAAAUGUGAGCAAGAUGUAGACAAUGGUUACACCCAGUAGAUCUGUAUGAGAACUUUUAUUUAAUUGUUACGACUACUGUAAAUAGACGCAGUUGUUAUAAAA